AUGUCUUCAAAUAAUCUUGCAGUACUCAAUGCUCUUGACUCUGCACGUACCCAAUGGUACCAUGUCACCGCCAUCGUCAUCGCCGGAAUGGGCUUCUUCACAGAUGCUUAUGAUCUUUUCUGUAUCUCCACUGUCUCCAAGCUCUUGGGUCGACUUUAUUACUAUGACCCUGCAGUGACAAACAAGCCCGGGAAGCUCCCUCCGAAUGUUAAUAACUUUGUUGUUGGCGUUGCCCUAGUCGGAACUCUAACCGGGCAGCUGGUCUUUGGCUGGCUUGGGGACAAGCUAGGCCGGAAAAAAGUCUACGGUGUCACCCUCAUUCUCAUGGUCAUCUGUGCCAUUUGCUCCGGCCUAUCUUUUGGCUCCUCGCCUCAAUCUGUCAUAACAACUCUAUGUUUCUUCAGGUUUUGGCUAGGGUUUGGCAUUGGAGGAGAUUAUCCCCUCUCCGCCACCAUCAUGUCUGAGUAUGCUAACAAGAAGACUCGAGGGAAGUUCAUCGCGGCGGUCUUUGCCAUGCAAGGAGUGGGUAUCAUCUUCGCCGGACUCGUGUCCAUGACUUUUUCUAGGAUCUUCCUCGGUUUUUUUGAAGGUCCCAAGUUCAAGGAUGAUCAUAUUUUGUCAACGGAGCCGGAGGGGGACUAUAUGUGGCGGAUUGUGUUGAUGCUCGGAGCUCUUCCAGCAAUUCUGACAUACUACUGGAGGAUGAAGAUGCCGGAAACCGGCCGUUAUACUGCUCUCAUAGAAGGAAAUGCUAAACAAGCAGCUAUUGAUAUGGGUCGGGUUCUGAAAAUUGAUAUCCAAGCAGAUGGUGAGAAGUUGAGUCAGUUUAAGGCCUCUAAUGACUACACACUACUCUCUAAGGAGUUCUUCCGUCGACAUGGACUUCACUUAAUAGGUACCAUGAGCACAUGGUUCUUGUUGGACAUAGCCUUCUAUAGCCAAAACCUAGCUCAGAAGGAUAUAUUUCCGGCUAUGGGUCUCACCAAUAAAGAUGUUGAUGUGAGUGCUCUCAGAGAAGUGUUCGAAACUUCACGUGCCAUGUUCGUGGUUGCCUUGCUCGGAACCUUCCCCGGCUACUGGUUCACCGUGGUUUUCAUCGAAAGCAUUGGCCGGUUCUACAUUCAACUAAUAGGGUUCUUCAUGAUGUCUGUCUUCAUGCUUAUUAUGGGGAUCCAAUAUGAAUACCUUAAGAAAGAGGCGCAUAAAUGGGUUUUUGCAACUUUAUAUGGACUCACCUUCUUCUUUGCCAAUUUCGGUCCGAACAGUACCACUUUCGUGCUUCCGGCGGAGCUGUUUCCGACGCGGCUGAGGUCAACAUGUCACGCAUUGAGCGCUGCCGCUGGGAAGGCCGGGGCGAUGAUUGGUGCGUUCGGGGUGCAGAGCUACACAUUGAGUGGGAACCCUAAAAAAAUUAAGCAUGCCAUGAUGGUGCUGUCAUUCACAAACAUGCUAGGGUUUUGUUGCACAUUCUUGGUGACCGAGACUAAAGGGCGAUCGUUGGAGGAAAUCUCAGGGGAGGAUGGCAGCAAGAAUGAAACUCAGAUGACCAACAGACCAUCCGGGACUAGCCGGUAA